UGUGCACUUGACUUGCCAGCAUUCCUGAUCACCCAGAGACUUUUGUCGUCGAGUUUGACUGAAGUCUAGUGAACAACUUGUUUCAACCACACGCUCAUUUUGUGUGAGCCUUUUCCUUGCGGACGGCUUCUUGUUUCUCCUUGCGGGAGAUUUGGAUUGUUGACAAGUGCCGCUGUCUAGUACUAUCGUUCUCUGUCUCUCAAGGCGUGGUCUGAGGAACGAAGCGGGAGAAAGGGAUUGAGAGGUUUUUGCUCUGUCACUCACUGACUCCUUUCUUUGACGAAAGAAAAAAAGCCAUACAUACCUCUCAGUCUAUCUAGCUCCAUCAAACGGAGAUCCAAGUUCGAUUCAAUAUGAAGGUCCUCACUCUCCUCGCGACACAGCUGGUGGCGCUCGCUGCCGCAGUCGCAGCGACUUCACCUAGAUUCGUCAUGUACCACGAUGAAUGGCACCCCACGCGCCCCACCAACCCCAGCGACCGCGCAGUAAUAACUCACCUAAUCCUCGCUUUUGCCCAAGCAAACAACACAGCAGCAUACAAACCACACGUCUCAAUCUCGACGCUACGAGACGAAUAUCCGUCGGCGAAACUCAGCAUUGCCAUCGGCGGAUGGGGCGAUACAAUCGGUUUUACCGAAUCCACAAAAUCGCAAGCCGGGAUCGACAAGUUCGCGAACGAUAUCAAGACUCUUGUGGCGACCACAGGCGUUGAUGGGAUCGAUAUCGAUUGGGAGUAUCCCGGUGGUAAUGGCGCGGAUUAUAAGCAGGUUCCCAACUCGGCCAAGGUCCAUGAGAUUGGAGCGUUCCCGAAACUGCUCCAGGCGAUUCGCGAAGCGAUCGGUAAGGACAAAAUACUGUCGAUUGCGGUGCCUGGGAAGAAGGGGGACAUGAUCGCUUUCACGAAGGAGACGGGGCCGUUGAUCUGGCCGUCUGUUGACCACGUUAACAUCAUGUCAUACGACCUUAUGAACCGUCGCGAUGCCGUGACGUCCCAUCACACGUCCGUGGCGGGCGCCGCACAAGCGGUACAGAACUACCUCGAUAUUGGGGCUCCGCCGUCCAAGAUCAACUUGGGAUUCGCGUAUUAUGCGAAGUACUUUACCACGACUGGAGACUGCACUGCGUCGCCGCUCAACUGCCAGAUUGCAAUUGCAGAGGAUCCCAUCACGGGCGCUGACACACUAACAUCUGGAGCAUGGACGUUCGAGAAAGCACACAUGCAGGCUGUCAACGGGUCUGCAUUGCCUGUCAGCACCGACGGAACAUGUGGGGCUGACAAGGGAACGCGGUGUGCGAGCGGAUGCUGCUCGCAAUAUGGAAACUGCGGCACUUCGAAAGAACACUGCAGUGGAGCUUGCCAGCACGCUUUUGGGACGGGCUGCACCGAUGCUGAUAUCGCCGGGUCGUGGCAGAAUGCUGCCAGCAAUGGUGUCACGGACACCGAAGCAGGCGGACAGUAUUACUUUGACGCCGCCAAUAAGCUUUUCUGGACUUGGGAUACCAAGGAGCUCAUCGCAAGGAAGUUCCAAGACGUCGUUGCAAAGUAUGGUCUCGGCGGGGUGAUGGCGUGGAGUCUUGGAGAAGACAGUAACGACUGGAGCCAUAUCCGUGCCAUGACCGAGGGUUUGAAAACUAUCAACGGGAUUGCGCCUCCACAAGCCAACGCAGCAUCCAAGGACAAGACUGAAACAAAGACACAGGUUGCAACGAAACCCACGCCGGCGUCGAAUCAGCCUGGUAAGACUACGUAUGACGUGGUCUAUGUGGAUGGCAUUGGAGGCCCUGAGGCUGAGGAGUCCGUGAUUCCUGCUCCAAAAGUGAACCCCACUUCCAGUCUCACGAGCUCAAAGCCAAAGAAUGCGGUUGGCAAACCUGUCGUGAAAGUGAGUAACGCUGAGCCCGGGCCAAACGAUGAUUGGGAAUGGGUCUAUUACGAUUCAAAGGGUAGGCUCUGGCAGGACAACAAGAAGCGGAUGAGGAUCGAGCGUGCAUAGAGUCUAUCUCUU